AUGCAACGCAAGAAUGUUGUCGACGACAGCAUGGUGUAUGUGGCCUUCAACAGCAUAUUUCAAGGUCAAGAUUCCCAGAUACGCAAGCUAUCACCCAUUAAGAAGCUCGUCCAUAAGCACCAGAAACAACCCCAAGUCGCGCAGCUGCUACAAGAGUACGGUGCGCCUGCCAUCUACGAGAAACUGCAGAGACUUCUCAGUGGUCAGGUUUUCGAGAGCACCUUGAAGGCAAAAUGCGAGUUUCCAGAGCUGUUCGAGGUCUCGCGAGCCCAAAGCGCGGAAAGGGCGAUCUCCGAGGCAGAGGCAGCCGCGGGCCACGCCAAAGCAGUCGAGGAGGCCUUAGAUUCAACUGACCGCUAUGGUCUGCCAUAUGAAAGCAACUCUAAUAAUGGAAGAACGGGUACAGAUCCACAAGCUCAGGCAUCAACCGGAUCACCAGCGGAACGGCAAUCUGCUCGCCAAAGAAUUCACGUCCCGUCCUUGUUUCCCCUUGAAUUUGACUUCACUACCUCAUACAAGAUUCUUGUCAGGACCCAAGAGGUCCUAGAACUUGCUUGCUUUCGUUUCGCAGAGAAAGCCAUGCCCGAGAUCCUUGAAAAGCGAAAGUGGCAUUGCCCUGAAUCCGCCGAACUAAACCUAUGGGCUACCGAGUUCUUAAAGCGGCUGGUGAGAUUUGAGAAGAGACCUUCUACGGCGGUCUCGCCACCGAGGCGGCUCGAGGAGCUGUUCCCGUCCAUCGCACAAAUCAGGCAUCAUACCGUUCAUCGGAUCCCGGUCACGGCCAAGGAGCUUGAGCAAUUCAUGGCCGAUGGCGAGACUCUUGUGCAGCUCUUCGAAGAUUAUGUCACCAUCGCUGUGAUGUCCAGAGCCAGGAGCGAAGUCCAUAUGGCCGCGACCGAGAUGGAGAAUAGGAAGACCAUGCUCGAGGCGAGACUAACCAAGAUCCUUCAGGACGUGGCGGACAAGCGAGCCGAGCUGGACCGCGCAGAGGCGGAAGCGAUCGCGGAUACGCAGCGAAAGGACAAGGAAAAUCAGUCGUUUGCUAAUGCUUAUCUUCAAGAGGCUAUCUGGGUAGAUGAUGGCGCCAUUGGAAAGGGGCCUUUUGCAACCCGAAGUCCCACUGCGAAUGGGAUAGAUAAUGACUUCCUCUUGGAUCAGCUCGAUAAUGCCAUGGAAUCUGAAAUAGCGCCUAAUGAAGAAGAUGCUACGAAGGCAUUGGCCCUGCCUUCGGCACUGGAUGAAAGCUUUAUCAGUAAUUCCGAUGGAGACAGUGUUGUGGAGGAAAAAUAG